GAAGUCCGUGAAGAAGGCUGUGAUAGAAAGAAAGCCCACACUCUGGGGUCAGGAGAAGACUGAUGCUUCCUUCCCUUAUUUCACUGUAUUUCUCUUUUGUGCUCGUUGUCACAAUGACCUGGACCUGAACUGUACAGUUAGAUGUUGAGCGUGUGUCUCUGCUGAUCUGAGCUCUGCAGUGCAGCAGGAGCCUGCGUCUUCCCUGAAGCAUCUCCAGGGCCUGGAUGACCACUGUCCAUGGGAAGACUAGCCUUGGAGGGAACACACUCUGUGCUUCUGUUUGUCCUGCCGGGCGCCGUGGUCUCCUCCAUCUGCACAGCGGGAACCAGAGGGAGGUGGUGCCAUGACCCCCACCCUCACAGCCCUGCUAUUACUUGGACUGAGUGCAGACCCAAGGACCCCAGUGCAGGCAGGGACCCUCCCCAAACCCACCAUCUGGGCUGAGCCAGGCUCUGUGAUCCCCCGGGGGAAGCCGGUGACCAUUUGGUGUCAGGGGACCCUGGAGGCCCAGGAGUACCGACUGCAUAAGGAACGGAGUCCAGGGCCCUGGGGCAGAGAGAGCCCUCUGGACUCUGGAGACAAGGCCAAGUUCUCCACCCCACACAUGACAGAGCGAUAUUCAGGGAGAUAUCACUGUUACUAUCUCAGCCCCACUGGCUGGUCAGAGCCCAGUGAUACCCUGGAGCUGGUGGUGACAGGAUUCUACAGCAAACCCACCCUCUCAGCACUGCCAAGUGCUGUGGUGACAUCAGGAGGGAAUGUGACCCUCCAGUGUGACUCAAGGCUAGGAUUUUCCAGGUUCAUUCUGACUAAGGAAGGAGAACACCAGCCCUCCUGGACCCUGGACUCACAGCGACUCCCCACUGGGCAGUUCCAGGCCCUGUUCCCUGUAGGUCCCGUGGUCUCGAGUCACAGAUGGACGUUCAGAUGCUGUGGCUGUUACAGGAAGUACCCCCAGGUGUGGUCAUAUCCCAGUGAUCCCCUGGAGCUCCUGGUCCCAGAAGCAGCUGACACCAUCAGGCCAUCACAAAACAAGUCAGACUCCAAGAGCGCCUCACACCCUCAAGAUUACACAGUGGAGAAUCUCAUCCGGAUGGGCACGGCUGGCUUGAUCCUGCUGGUCCUUGGGAUUCUGCUAUUUCAGGCUCGACACAGCUUGAGAGGACCCCAAGCUGCAGCCAAGACGCAAACACAAGAGAGAACAAUGCACUGUUCAGAGUGGUAGAGCCUUGGAAAUACGUCCUAGGUAACCAGGAGCUUCUGAAGGAGCACCUGGGGCAUAAGCUGUGUGAACUAUCUGCAGAUCAUUGCGAGAUGGAGGAAUCAUUGUUCACGUGCAGGGACAAUGUCUGGACUCUUCUGCCAUCAAAGUGUGGAAGAUUCCUUCACAACCACCGUUGAGUUACCUUCAUGGGUCCCUAUCUUUCCCCAUUUCUGUGAAAUCAUUAUAUACCCCAUGUGGCAGAUUUGGGUCCACACCUCCUUACACUUUCUUCAUCUGGUACACUUUAAUUUAAUAUACAUUUUUUAAAUUUCUAAUUACCACAUACCUUGAUGUAUA